UUUCCAAAGUGUGUCACAGUGAACUCUGCCCCAUAUGCUUACAGUCUUGGUGGACAUUUAGGCACUAUGGCAGUUACUGGAAAUUGUAACACAAGUAGCAACAUUGACUACUCAGUAAUAGUGCUAGCAUGUUCAAGUGUUUUUUUCUCUUUGUUUUUAUCAGAUGUGGACCUUUAAAUAUAUAUAUAUAGUUUUUGAGUAUUGGGUGUUGCACACCUCUCAGGUUACAAGAGUGCAGGAAACAUUAACAUGUUACGCUGUAUCAAGUAAAAGUAAAACAAUGUGCAUCAUUAUCCUCCCAAGAUAUUAAGCUUUAGGUUAUACAAACUAACUAACAUAACUUAUGAAGUCAGUGAGUGUUUUACAUAAUGUGGUGUGGUUAUAUUGUGUUUAUACUACCUGAGCACUUUUACAGUAAACAACAAAACUCCAUCAAUUCUUCUUCAGUUAUGACAGUAACAGAAAUUUAAAAAAAUACUAAAUAACACCCAUUUCUAAACGUUGUGUAACUAAUGCAAACUGCAGCAGCCAGUGUCUCCAGAGUCCACAGGAAUCAAGAGUGAUCCCCACAGGAUAAUGAGCACCAAAGCCCAGUUCACACCUGGCAUCAACAUGUGUCCUGGGUGAUCCAAUCACAAGUGGGCGGUAUAAUGCAUCUUCAUGUGAGUCUUAAGUGGAUGUUUGCUCCCCGCUCUGUGCUUUAAAUUACAGUCAUGUGGAGUGUGGCGGCUGUUGCUCUGUCUGCUCUCCACGUAACAGGGCAACUGGAAGUAUUGCUCCAUCUCACGGAGCACUUUAUUUGGAACACCUGUACACCUGCUGAAUUGUCCAAUAAACCAAUCAUGUGGCAGCAGUGCAAUCAUGCAGAUACAGGUCAAGCUUCAGUUAAUGUUCACAUCAGCCAUCAGAAUGACUUGAGCAUUUCUGAAUGAAUCCAUGACUUAGGUUUUACCGCCUUUCAUUUUACCACAGAACAGACCAAACACUGGUAACAGUGAGUUCUCAGUGGCCAACUGGUAAGAGUGGUUGGGUUUUGAAACUUUCAGGCAGGGUGGGCAGUCGCGUGUGAGCGAGCAGAGCUAUAUCUCUGUGCAUAUCACCGAAAUCAGUGUCAGGUGGCAGUUCACUCAUGAUCCAAGCUGAACAUGCAAGGUCAUCGAUCUCUCGUCUGACAAGUUCUAAAGGCUAGUUUUUCAAGAUCAACCACAACCGCUCCACCUCCCGUAAGAGCGCCAGUGUGAACCGGUAGUUGGAAAAAGGACAACACCCGGAAACACAAAACAACUCCAUUUUCUUUGGCGUUUUGUCGGCACGGGCCUGAGGGACUGAGGGAUAAUACUAACAGGUGAAAGGAUGGAAACCCAGAGCCAGGUUGUGGAUAGGCUGCGGUCAGCUUUUCAUUCAGGCAUCACAAUACCAGAGCAGUUUCGUCGGACACAGCUGACCAAGCUGAUGUCCAUGAUCAAAGACAACGAGGAACAGAUUUUAAAUGCAUUGCACAAAGACCUUGCAAAGCCAAAAUUUGAGGCCAUCUUGUCUGAGGUUGACAUAGUGAUCAAUGAUCUGCACUACGCCAUCGCUAACUUCAGAAGCUGGAUGCAACCGGAGUAUGUCAGCAAAAACCUGGCCACAAAGCUAGAUGAUUGUUUUAUACGGAGGGAGCCAUUAGGAGUUGUGUUAAUCAUUGGGGCUUGGAACUACCCCCUGCAACUCCUUAUCUUACCCAUGGUUGGAGCCAUUGCAGCAGGAAACUGUGUAGUCAUCAAGCCCUCAGAGGUCAGUGCUGCUACAGACAGUCUGAUAGCAGAACUCAUCCCCAAGUAUCUGUCUCAGGACUGUUAUGCAGUGGUUCGUGGUGGAGCAGAGGAGACCAAGGCACUUCUGCAAAAUCGAUUUGACCACAUCUUCUACACAGGUUCUCAAACGGUGGCGCGCAGCAUCCUGCAGGCAGCUUCAGUCCACUUGACCCCAGUAACCUUGGAGCUGGGUGGGAAGUGUCCAUGCUUCAUUUACGGGCGGGUGAACAUCGCAGCAGCUGCUCACCGCCUGGUGUGGGCUAAAUUUUUCAACGCUGGCCAGAGUUGCGUGGCUCCGGACUAUGUGCUGUGUUCACCGGCCACAAAAGAUGUCUUGGUGCCUGCGCUGCGUGAAGCCCUGGAGGAUUUUUAUGGCAAGGAGCCUGAAACCUGUCCCGACCUGUCCCGCAUUGUGUCACCCCGACAUUGGAUGCGUCUGAUGGAACUGCUCAAGAGGUCCAGUGGCAAAAUUGUUGUGGGAGGAGAGAGCAACCAGGAGGACAAGUAUAUAGCUCCCACAGUGGUAGUGGACGUGUUUGAAGAUGAUGCCCUAAUGAAGGAGGAGAUUUUUGGCCCCAUCCUGCCCAUCAUAACUGUUGAUUCUCUGGAGAAAGGCAUUGACUUUAUCAACCGUCAAGAGAAGCCACUGGCUCUCUAUGUGUUCUCUGACGAAUCAUCUGUGAUAAACACAGUGUUGGAGAGGACCAGCAGCGGAGGAUUCUGCUCUAAUGAUGGGAUUGUCCACAUGACUCUACCAGGCCUGCCUUUUGGAGGUGUAGGGGCCAGUGGAUGGGGCAGUUACCAUGGCCGCUGGAGCUUCGAGGCAUUCAGCCACCGGCGGGCCUGCAUGAUGCGUGGCUGGGCUUUAGAAAGAAUCAACAGCCUUCGUUACCCACCUUACAGAGAUGACAAACUGAGCUGGCUGCGCUGGACCACCUCUGCCAAGAGCAGCUGCUCACUCAUGUGAUGCCAUACUGAGGGAGUGUGAAGGUAGUGGAGCCUUUUUACUGUAUGGAUAAGAGUGAAUGUUCAUGUGGAAAGUUUAUUGUUUUUUAACCUUUUGUUGUUUGUUUGUUUGUUUGUAUAUUAACAUGCUUAGUACCAGUGCACAGUAGUCAUUGUUCGUUUUGCAACUUGCUGUUACUGAUUGUAAGUUUUGUAUCUACAGUGUUUUUAGAAUAUAUUCUAGCCUGUAUUUGUAUUUUCUCCUAACUGGAAAAAUUCCCACCUUUUCUCACUGGGUUAUCUAAACUGAUGAAACUCUUUACCCUGGCUCAGAUAUCUUAAAUGUCAGGGCUUUAACUGCCUCUUUAUUCUCAUGUUCUUGCACUGAACACUUUAGGUGGUGUGAAUGGUAUUAGUGUGUUUGAGCUCAUUUCAUCUGAGCCUCAUUAUGAAUAACUUUGAUUUAUUAUUUUCUCUUGGUAUCUUAGCAGAUUCAGAUUUGUUAUUGUAUUUUAAUUGUUUUUCAUUUCAUGCUGAAAAUAAAUUUGAAAUUUUA